AUGAAGCGCUGGGGACAGCCGGAUGCUCCUGUAACUCAGGCCUCAUUAGCCAAUCAGAGCCUCGAGGCGCACUUCAGUGGAGGCGGGAAUUUCCGGCCCGCCAUUCUCAGGUUUGACUGCGAGUCUGAGGGAAGCUCUAGUGUGUCCCGUGCUUUGCGCUGUGACCGGCUACUAGGAGCUGUGAGGAGAGCGGGCGAGCUGGGGAUCCGCGCCAUGGAUGCGGUGACCUAUGAGGAUGUGUAUGUGAAAUUCACUCAUGAAGAGUGGGCUUUGCUGGAUCCAUCCCAGAAGAGUCUCUACAAAGAUGUGAUGCUGGAGACAUGCAGGAACCUCACUGCUAUAGGUUACAAAUUGGAAGAUGACAACAUUGAAGAACACUGUCACAGUUCCGGAGGACGUGGAAGGUAUAACAUCUAUAAUUGCAGAUACAAGCCUUGCGAACAUAGGGGACACAGCAAGAAGCAAUGUACCUUUGCACAUAAGUGUUUUCUUCAAACAUAUGAAAGGAUCCAUACUGAAGAGAAACCCUAUGAAUGCAAUCAGUGCAGUAAAGCCUUUGCAAAUUUCCGUAGUCUUCAAAAACAUGAAAAAAAUCAUACUGUAGAAAAACCCUAUGAAUGUAAUCAGUGUGGUAAAGCCUUUCCAAGUCCCAGUGCUCUUCAAAUACAUGAAAGAACUCACACUGGAGAGAAACCCUAUGGGUGCAGUGAGUGUGGGAAAGCCUUUGCAAGUAAAGGUAAUCUUCAAACACACAAAAGAACUCACACAGGAGAGAAACCCUAUGGGUGCAGUGAGUGUGGAAAAGCCUUUGCGUGUUUCAGUUAUCUUCAAAUACAUGAAAACAUUCACACUGGAAAGAAACCUUAUAGAUGUAACCACUGUGGUAAAACCUUUACACGGCGUAGUAGUCUUCAAAUGCAUGAAAGAGGUCAUACUGGAGAGAAACCUUAUGAAUGUAAUCACUGUGGUAAAGCCUUUGUUUGUAGCAGUAGUCUUCACAGGCAUGAAAUAAUUCAUACUGGAAAGAAACCCUAUAUGUGUAAUCAGUGUGGUAAAACCUUUGCCCGUUGUAGAAAUCUUCGAAAUCAUGAAGAAUAUCAUACUCUUGAUAAACCACAUAAAUGUACUCUUUGUGGUAAAGCCUUUGCAAAUCACAGGAACCUUUAUAUACAUGAAAAAUAUCAUGCUGGAGAGAAAUUGCACAAAUGUACUCAAUGUGGUAAAGCCUUUACACGGUCCAGUAGUCUUCAAAUUCAUGAAAGAAGUCACAGUGGAGAGAAACCUUAUGAGUGUAAUCAAUGCAGUAAGACCUUUGUAUGUCGCAGUAGUCUUCAAAGGCAUAAAAGAACUCACAGUGGAGAGAAACCUUAUGAAUGUAAUCAGUGUGGUAAAGCUUUUGCAAGUCGCAGUUUUCUUCAAAUACAUGAAAGAAUUCAUACUGGAGAGAAACCUUAUGUGUGCAAUCAAUGUGGUAAAGCCUAUGCAAGUGGUAGUAGUCUUCGAAAUCAUGAAAAACGUCAUGCUAUUGAGAAACCUUAUAAAUGUAAUCAGUGUGCUAAAGCCUUUGCAUGUCUCAGGCGUCUUCAAAUACAUGAAAGGAAUCAUACUGGGAAGAAACUUUAUGAGUGUAGUCAAUGUGGGAAACCCUUUACAAGUCAAAAUAGUCUUCAAAUACACAGGAGAACUCAUACCGGAGAGAAGCCAUAUAAAUGUAGUCAAUGUAGUAAAGCCUUUGCAUAUUGCAGUAAUCUGUAUAGACAUGAAAGAAAUCAUUCUGGAGAAAAACUAUGAAUAAUCAUUGUGGUAAAUCAUUCGCAUAUUCGAGUAGACUUCAUAAUCACAAAAAAUGUCAUUCUGAAGAGAACCCCUAUGGAUACAAUUGAUUCAGUAAAGCACGUUAGUGUAAACUUCAGAUACAUUAAAGAUAUAAAUUGGAGAGAAACCUGACAAAUGUAAUCAAUGUGAUACUGCCUCUGCGUGUUACUGGUUUCUUUAAGGUUAUGAAAGAAUUUCUACUGGAAAGAAACUCCAUGAAUCUAAUAAGUGCAGUAAAGACUUACAUAUCAAACACAUUUUCCUACUGAGACAUCUCAUUGGUGCUUAUGUAAGAUUAGUGGAGCUGUUUCAUCUUUAAAAUAUUGCCUUCUUUUCAAAAUGUAUACAAAUUGUCAUCCAAGGAUAGAGGAACACAAUAAUUUGAAUAAAAGAGUAAAUAGGUAGUAGACACCUGUAAGUUGUCAUCUGACUGGAACAUGCACACCAGAGGAUAGUUAUAUACACACAGGUAAAAUUUAUUAACGAUGAAAUUAAAGCAAACAAAAUGAAAAUAUUCAGAACAUAAAUGAUUUACCAAUUAAUACAUUGUAAUAUUUCAAGAAAUGUCUCUGUUCAUCAAAAUAAUGAUGGUUCCUAUUUAGAUCCUGUUAAGAGGACUGCUGACUCUUAGCAGAAAGCUGCUAUCAUCUCUGCAGCCAUCUCAGGCUGUUUACUUACAGGUUGGUACUUUUCCACCCUGAUGAGAGACUUGUUUUCCUAGCAUGAUGUUUAUACAAGCAGCCCACCACAGCUGAACACACUCUGAUAACAUCCUGUUUUUCUCAGACACAUCCUAAACUUGUGGUUAAGUGUCUCCAGUUGCACUCCCCAGCUUGUGCUUACAUAUCCAUAGUUGCCUUUCAAUAGACUUGAUCAGGCAGACUGUCUUGUCUCCAUUCUUCGUGUCUCUUGCCCCUCCAUCCUCACUCUCUCCCUUGCAGACCCCGUUGAUUGACCUGUGAGCUGGGUCAAGAUCCUCCAUUAUCCUUUCACUCUCUGAUUAUAAGAUAGGUCAUUUUACAAACAUCUCAGCUGGAUAUAGAGGUGCAUGCCUAGAAUCCCUCACUUGGAGACACAGGUGGAUUUCUGAAUUCAAGGCCAGCUUGGACCACAUAGUGAGGUCCAGGAUGGCAUAGCUAUGUAGAGAGAUCCUGUGUCAUAAAAAUCAAACAAACCCUCAAGACAACAAUAAAGCCCCAACCAAACAACCAUCUCUCCCUUUAUGGAUUCUUUUCCUAAAAUAAUCUGAAUGUAGUGAGAAGUUUGUAAUUUUGGGUUCUUUAAAAAACAGAAAUGUUAAGUGAAUAGGUUUUUGUUUUAAAUCCAGGUGUGGGAAUAUGGGACUGCUUCAGAUUGUUCAUAGAAGCUGUGUAUGAUUUGCCUCUUGCUCCAUCAGAGGUAUGAUUUUCGCCAGGAGCAGAUAAUUUAUGGAAUUGUGUGAUGUUUGGAAUUCUGGGGACUUUUCAGAGUUUAUAUAAAUGCUAGGGCUCUAAGAGGCAGUGUGAGUGGCUGGUUGGUGUUGGUUGCAGUUUGUCAGUUUUUAAGUAGUACCGCAGAAAGAAAUGAGAAGUAGAAAUUACAUAUCCUGAUGGCAAAGAUCAGACUUGCCCUAAGGAACCUGAUACCCCUAGUCAGCAGGAAGUAGUCUAAUAAAAAUUGCUUCCUUUCUCCUUUA